AGUUCGGACAAUUACAUGACAUUCGACAAAUGUGUACAAUGAUGAUACACAUUUGUUUGUACAAUAAAUUCACAGAGCAUUGUGCACUUGUGCGGGUAACAUAUCUAUGUUCUGAUGACGCCACCGUAGCGUCUCUGCUCUCAGCCGUAGUACACACACGAGCGCCACAUGUAUGGGCAGGACUCUGAGAGCCUGAGGAAACCACCAAUCAACGACAAGUAUUGCAGUAACGGGCUGAAUAGGUUGUCCAGUAGCAUGCGUUUCUGUCAGUCAAGCAGCCAAUGACUGGCCGAAUAUGGCACGCACAACUCGCGGUCACGUGUAACCAUGCACAUGUUGACGCUCGUAAACCGUGGAUGGAACGAGCUCGUGAAGAGACAAGCCAAUGAGCAGCCGGGUUGUGUGUGAGGGGAUACUGGUCCCGAUCCCGGAGGUUGGAGAGUGUGGACGGUAUUAUCGUUACAAGAACGGAAAGGGACGUUACAACAUUUCUGGUAACUGCAGAUGAUUUAACUGCUGGGGUUUUUGAAGAAGUGUCAUAGGGAUGCAGUCACAAGGAAGCACUUCCAGCCAGCCUUCCUUUGAUUCGCUGAGCUCCAGCGACAGUUUCCUGUUCAGCGACUCGGAGCAGGCGGAAGAUGACGCAGACGUCUUUCUGACGGAGCGCUCCCACGCCGUCGCCCUGGGCGACGUGGGCGGGGCCACGGAGGAGGAGGCCGAUAGGCUGGGCCGGCCCGGGUCACAGUGGGCGUGCGACGGCUUCGCCGGCCACGCGGAGGUCAAGGGCUUCCAGGGGUCGGAGGUCACGAAACCCAAGGAUGAGGAGAGGGAGAAGGAGAAGACAGAGGGAGACCAGGUCUUCACUCAGAAGUGUGCGGAGCUGCAAGGCUUCGUCAGACCGCUGCUGGAGUUGCUGCACGGACUGAAGAGAGGACGCUUCGAUCGUGGUCUGAGUAGUUUCCAGCAGAGCGUUGCUAUGGACAGAAUCCAGAGGAUCGUAGGGGUUCUACGGAGACCAAAUGGCGGGGAGAAGCACCUGAACACCCUGCUGCAGGUGGAAAUGAUGUUGAAGCUGUGGUUUCCACACGUGUCCCCCCGAGCCCCCCCGCCCCCCGCCGUCUCGGCCCCCCCUGAGCGAUCCCCCACACCAGGGGCUUCCAGCUGCACCCCCUCACACAAGCACAGGGACCAGCGGCACAUUCCAGUCAAGAAACGCAGACUCAGCUGGCCGGAGUCCGAGCCCGCCGCCCCUCCCCCCGCCCUCCGUAAACAACCCCGCCCCAGCGGAGGAGAGGACGGAGAAGAGGACGGAGGAGGGCAGGGGGAGGAGGAAGAGGAGCGCCCCGCUCUCCCCUGGGCUGGUGGGGGGCUCCAGGGGGGGCUCCAGACCGCGCACAACCUCUCCAGCGCCAGCCGGCAGGGGAACAACAGGAAGGAGAAGGAGGAUGAGAGCCGAGAAAGAGAGGGAGAAAGAGAGGGAGAAAGAGAGGGAGAAACGUCCUGCUUCAAAGCCAGCGGCUGGUCUGAGCCCAGCCUGACCUGGGUCCACCUGGCGCCCAUCUUCUCCCCCACUAAACCCUGCUCCUCUCACAGGGGCAAACCCAGAGACCAGAAGGGAACACAGACGGUCCCUGCCCUCCCCCCGUCCACCAGCAGGGGCAGUCCAGCGACACAAGACUGCUCCAUCUCGUCCACCACACCUUACAACGAUUCCCAAAACCAGCAGCAGCCAAUGGGGUGCCACAUCCAGCCUGUUGCCAGGCAGCAGGCAGAGAGCAUGACCUCAGAGAGCUGUCAGGGACGCAGCCAGCCGUCUGCGGUCACAGUCAAGCCUUCGAGCCGGCCCGCCCCCAAGACCACAGUCUGCUCCGCCCCCUGUGAGACCUAACGCACUGAGCAUGCCCAGAAGGAGCAGGCUGGCGUGACUAUGCCCACACCAAAGCUGCUGUGAGGAGGAGAGAGGAGGAUGGAGGGGUUACAGGUGUACUGUGAAGUUGUUCAUAGUUCCUAAAAGGAUGGACAGGAUGUUUUGUAUGAAACAUUUGGUGAAACUGAGUUAGGAUUAUGAGUCCAUGUUAAUACAAUCUGUGUUGAUAAUCACAAUUUAUUAAGAAUAUAAAUAUUCUGAGCAUAAUGAAUCACCUUGCAGGAGAACAGGAAAGGUUAGCAGCUCCUGCUUAAAGAGUCCGUUUGUUUAACUGGCUUCAAUAAAUGGAAAAUAAAACAUCCAGAAUGCUCCCUAAAACAAACAGGGUCAUUGAUGUUUGGGGCGUGGUUGCUAGGGAAGUGGG